AUGCAGUCGCUUUUCAACAAGGACGUGUCAGUUCACAUCCUGAACGCUGUGGUGGCGCUCCUAGACGUUCUGGUGUGCGGCGUUCACGUCCGUCUGCUGCACGUAGUCUACCCCAUGUGCUUCGGGCUGUUCUACGUCAUCUUCGCGCUGAUCUACUGGGGAGCGGGCGGUAAGGACGCCGAGGGAAACCCUUACGUGUACAGCAUCAUAGACUUCAGUGGGGACCCAGGGCUAGCAGCCGGAGUGUGCGUCGGGCUGAUUUUCCUGGCGGUGCCGCUGGCUCACGGGUUCCUGUACCUGCUGUACCGCCUGAGGUGCGUCCUUGUGCGCAUGUACGAGAACAAGUUACAGGGAGAGAGGGAGGAGCAGGCUGUCAUGCGGCGCAUGGGCAGUAGCCUCCAGGCAGACGUGUCAGCUGGAUAAAAAAAUCAAAAUACGGCCUAAUACGGCAAAAUAAGUUACUUUGGGUGCAAUAUAUCCAGCUACCCGGCCGGCUUCAGUUCACUCGUACUCCUAGGCCAAUCAUCUCCUACUAGAUUUUUAUUCCUAACUUCACCAAAGUCCCCUAUUACUAUUCGGCCAGGCGGGAGUUUGGUAGAGAUUUCGACUUCAAUGGCAGAGUACCGACAUUUUUGCUAGCUCAUCAGAAAUGUGUCUCAACAAUACCAUGUACAACACAAAAUACUGUCCAUUCGCAUUUCAAUGUAUUUUAUCUCAACCGUACACACCGUUUUUGUUAUUUUCUUGUAAGCAUGCGCAAUUGGAUUUGGAAAUUACUGGGUAAAAUGAUAUUUAGAAGCUUGCCGAUAGAGCACAAACUUAACCGCGUACACAAUUCACUUAGAUUCCAAAUUGACACUAGUACUAGUAAAUAUAUGUUGGGUAGUGUUCUUUUUGAUAAAGGGUUUGGCACCAUUUUGGCUGGAAUGAUUUUUAUAUGACGUGAGUGAAUUUUAAUUUUGAUUUUAAUGACCCGCCCUGAGGUGUAAAUGGUGCCAUAAUUCAUAGUCUUGUUUGUUUAUUGAGAUCUAGACUAUAACUACCGGAUGAAUGACCAAGAUGACCGAGCAAGAUUUCAGCAAUAAAUCAUGAUAAACGAUACUUUGUGCAAUAGAUAAGGAUUCGCUUGAGCAAAUAUAAAGUUGAAUGUAACACGUAGCAUUACAGAUAUGCCAAUAUACAUACAUGUAUCAUGUAUGGUGAAAUAUAUAUGUAUUACGAAUGAUUUUUCUUUAUUCAAAUCAAUGUAUUCUUUCAGCAUGAAUAUUGCAAAAAUAAACUCAGUGAACGAA